UGGGAUACGGAAAACUCAAGGGAAAUACCUCAGGAAACAGAGGGGAGAACUAUCGACCUCUCCACUGAAACUUUCUGCUUCCCCGGCACAAACCCGGAAAUCCGGCAGGCAACAAGCCUCUUGCCAGCCCAGCUUUGGUCGUUCCGGCCAGAGCGCGCCUUCCCUAUUGGCUGGGAGGUCAGGAGGACAGUGACGUCAUUGGCAGUGACGGCGCGCGAGGCAAGCUCGAGAGCGGCGCGAGGAGGCUGGCUUUUGCUCCUUUAUUCCGCAGCCGCCCUCGAGAUGGAGGAGCUACAGAAAGAUUUGGAAGAGGUGCAAGAGCUUUUGCAAAAGGCAUCACGAAAGAGACUCCAUGAUGUUUUGCUGUCGGAAAAGGUUAAGAUAGAGAAAGAAAUCAAGAGCCGAUCACAAGUUAAACCGAAAGCGGGUUCAUCUGAAGAAAAACAACUACUCGCAGGAUACAAAGUCAAAAUCAAAAAUUAUGCUUGGGAUCAGUCAGACAAGUUUGUGAAAGUCUACAUCACUUUAAGUGGAGUUCAGCAUCUUCCAGCCGAAAAUGUGCAAGUCUGCUUCACAGAAAGCUCAUUUGAUCUAUUGGUAAAGAACUUAAACCACAAGAAUUACACCAUGACGUUCAACAACCUUCUGAAGCCCAUCUCUGUGGAAAACAGCUCACGGAAGGUCAAAACAGAUAUGGUCGUGAUAUUAUGUAGGAAGAAGAAAGAGGAAAAAUGGGAGUGUUUGACACAGGUUGAAAAAGAGAGUAAAGAGAAAGAGAAAGCUUCCUACGACACAUCAGACCCUAAUGAAGGAUUGAUGAACCUCCUCAAAAAGAUGUAUGCAGAUGGAGAUGAUGAAAUGAAGAGGUCAAUCAACAAAGCCUGGGUUGAGAGCAGAGAGAAGCAAGCAAGAGACGAAAUGCCAAUCGAUAUCUGAAAAAAAAAAGGUUCAAUACAAGGCUGCCAUCACAGUGGGGUUUUUUUUUCUCUUCAGAUGCAAUGAAAGUGUUGUGUUUACAAAACAAACGCCAACACAAAGACUUUUAAGUUCUACAUUUCGGAAUAGAGAUGGGGAAAUAAAACAUGAAACAAAGCUAUUUCUUCAAGUAUGCGAUUCCUACUCAUAAGGCUUUGGUGUUUUUUUCAAAACAGCCAAAUAUUAAAAGGAUUUUUUGGGGGGGGGGGAGGGGAGAGAAUAUGGCAGCACCUUCUAAGAAUAACUGGCUUUUAUUUUUGCAUGAUCAUUCAUGGAUAUAAACCUGCAUAUAAAGCAUAUUUUUGUGGGAUUGGGAUAUAAUGUGAUGGGACGUUUCUAGGUCCAUUUACAUUGCCGCACCCCAAGAACUUCAAAUAUACUUUAUUUGGUCAUAAUACCACUUGACAUCAAUACUUUGAAAUAAAUUAUAUAACUCUGAA